CAGCAGUAACCUCCAGUGUGAUGCAGCCGUGUGAUGGGAGAAUCAGCCGAGCAGGAUGGGCAACAAGCAGACAACCUUCACCGAUGAGCAGCUGGAAGCGUAUCAGGACUGCACCUUCUUCACCCGGAAAGAAAUCCUGCGGUUACAUGGCAGAUAUCGUGAACUGGCUCCACAUUUAGUGCCGCUGGACUACACCAACAACCCUGAUAUCAAAGUCCCUCUGACACUCAUCAUCACCAUGCCUGAGCUGAAGGAGAACCCGUUCAGAGACAGAAUCGUGGAGACGUUCUCCGAGGACGGAGAGGGGAACCUGAGCUUCAAUGACUUUGUCGACAUGUUUUCCGCUCUCUGCGAAACUUCACCCAGAGAGCUCAAGACCAUAUAUGCCUUCAAGAUCUACGAUUUCAACAGGGACAACUUCAUCUGUAAGGAGGACCUGGAGAAGACUCUGAACAAGCUGACAAAAGGAGAACUGACUCCAGAGGAGGUCACUCUGGUCUGUGAUAAAGCCAUCGAGGAGGCCGACCUCGACGGAGACAACAAACUCUCCUUCGCCGACUUUGAGAACAUGAUCUCUAAGGCUCCUGACUUUCUGAGAGAUCCUGCAGAGGAGAGGUGUCUCACUUUGACACAGUUUCCUGAUCCAACCGGUCUUUACCCUCCAGGCUCCACCUCCCCCCACACCUCUACCUGAACCUCAGACCCACCUCGACUCAGUGCCUGUCCUUUCUAUCGCCUGCGGAGAGUCUUCUUCUCCAGCAGAACCUGAGAUCUGACUCAAAGACUCAUCUGGACUCACAGAAGCACAGGCAACUCUUGCCAAUUCUGAAUCUUAUGAAAACAUACAGCGGGGACAUUUCAGAGAGAAAGUUGUUAGUGCAUGAAACCUUUCUCUUUUAUUAAUUCUGAAUGUUUGGAGGCGGAUGAGGAGGAGCGAUAAACCAAUGCGGGGCUAAUUUUAUACCAAGAGAGCUUCUCUGCACCAGGUCUGAUGUCUCCUCUGGACAUUUUUGCUCUCCUGAGAAACCUUUGGAGACGCUGGGACGACGAGGCUGCAGAGGAAACAGAACAGGGCUUUUCUGACCCAGUGCUUUGCAGAAAGGCGAGAUCCACUGACUGGAUUCUUUUUAAAAAGCACACUUUUAAAGGGCAAAACAGUGAAGAGCUAUGCAAUCUUUCUUCAUGAAGUGCAUGUUGUAUAUUGCUUCUAGCCGUGGAUACUUUCUAUGUCUGGUACAGUGAAACGUUCUGGUGCAUAAUGACAAUCAUAGUAAUCUGUAGCUCAGUUGAUGGAAGGGCUCUCUGUCAUCUCACCUGUAAAGUUUGGCUUUGAUAAACUUUUUCCUGCCUCCAACAAACUUGAUAUAACAGCUUUCACUCAACCAAGACAAAAUGUUUUCUGGCUAGAAUCAAAUAAAAGAUUUUUGUGUUGCUCAAUGCUCCAUGACGCUUCUUAUCAGAGAAACUGAUUCAGGUUUCAGGUGAAGAGAUUUGUCCUGUCCUGUAUUACAAGACUGAGCUGAGAGAAUAAAAAACUGCAUUAGUUGAUCUCA